AUGGAAGCUUUGCCAUGGGCUGAGUACUGGUACAACACAGCUCACCACUCAACUAUCAAAAUGACUCCUUUUCAAGCCCUCUAUGGCUAUGGACCUCCAGCAAUCAGACCAUAUGUGCCUGCUCAACUAAUGUUGAUUGGCAAUUGCAGACUAGAUAUGAACUGUAAGCUAUUUUUGAAAAGGAAUUUGGAAGUGGCACAGUCUAGGAUGAAGCUGCAGUAUGACAAAAGACAUGUGGAAAGAGAGUUUCACGUUGGAGAUUGGGUGUAUUUUGAAACUCCAGCCUUACAGGCAGCGAAGUAUAGCAAAAAGGAAGAUUCACAACCUUGCACCAAGGUACUAUUGUCUUAUCAGGUUGAAGAAAGAAUUGGAAGUGUUUCUUAUAAGUUGCAAUUGCCGGCUUCAGCUAAGAUUCACCCUAUCUUUCAUGUAUCUCUCCUCAAGAAGAAAAUUGGCUCGCAGGCAGUAACAACACCACAUCUUCCUCCAUAG